AGUUUUGGAAAUCUAUAUUUAAUGUCUCAACCCCGUCCCACUAUGCACCAAACAAAUACCUCUUAGCUCACCCCAAAAAAAAAAAAAAAAAAAAAAAACCAACAACAACUCUCACACUAUGCAAUCUAGCAAGUCACUACUCAUUGCUUCUCCGAAUAAAAGACUCGAAGGCAAGGUUGCACUGGUAACUGGUGGAGCUAGAGGCAUCGGAGAGUGCAUUGCACGAACCUUUUGCAAACAUGGCGCUAAGGUGGUGAUCGGCGACAUCCUAGACGAGCUAGGCCUAUCAGUAUGCGACGAUAUCGGAUCCACAAUGGCCUCGUAUAUUCACUGCGAUAUAACACAGGAGUCCCACAUCGGCAAAGCAAUAAACGCAACCAUCAGCAAGCACGGUAAGCUCGAUAUAAUGGUAAACAACGCGGCAAUUAUAGAUGAUUCCAAACCAAGCAUUCUUGACAACGAGAAGUCCAAAUUCGAUAAAGUCAUCGCCGUGAACCUCACCGGAGUUUUCUUGGGAACCAAACAUGCAGCUAGAGUGAUGAUACCAGCAAGGAAAGGAAGCAUAAUAAAUAUAGGGAGUGUUUGUUGCAGUGUUGGUGGGGUUGCAUCUCAUGCAUAUACAAGCUCAAAACAUGGAGUUUUGGGACUCACGAAGAAUGUUGCAGCGGAGCUUGGGAGGUAUAAAAUCCGCGUGAAUUGCUUGUCACCGUAUUAUAUAGCUACGGUGGCAGCAGAAGAUUUCUUCAAGUUGGAAGAGAAAGAGAAAGAGAGAGAGAAAUCUAAGGUUUACUCAAACCUCGAAGGAGUGGUUCAUAAAUCAGAAGAUAUUGCUGAAGCUGCUAUUUAUUUAGGGAGUGAUGAAUCAAGGUAUGUGAGUGGCCACAAUCUCAAUGUUGAUGGAGGCUUUACUGCCAUAAACCCAGCUUUUGGUUUGUUUUCCCGUUUGUAAUAAAUAUUAAUCAAGAAUAUUUUUAUAUGUAGUUUGGAUUAAUAAUAUCACAGUGAUGUCUUAAUGUAUAUUUAUGAGAAUAAUUGAGUGUGUUUAUUGAAUACAUAUGAAAACUAUUUUAUGAUAA